UGUUUAUUAUCGGCUACCCUUUACAUUAACUCUAUGCGGCUACCCUAUCUGUCAAAAAAUUGCUAGUUGGCAACAAUAUCAUCUAUGAAAUCUUUUCUCGACCAGAUUACUUACACAUGUCAUGAAGCGUCUGAGCUAUUGAUUUGGAAACAUGGUUAGAAAAUGAAAUUCUACACGGAUCAAAAUUGUCUAGCGGCAUCAAGAACAGACGAUUUUCUAACAUCAACAAGUUAGCGUGUACAGCAGAAAUUGAGCUUGCUCGCUAACGCAGUAGAUAGCCUCGCUAUUUUCAGCAAGCAUUACAGGGCUUUGCAAGCAAAUGAAUUAAAGGAAACAGAGGCAGGGUAACUUGUUUUGACCUAGCUUUAUAUAGCUAGAAAUAUUCACCGUUUUGUUUAAAACUCGGCCUUGAACCGUUGCUACAGAUGGCCUGCAAUUUUCUGACAACGGAUGAGGCGUCUCCCGCUUCUCUCACGGACCUGUGUCUGUCGUACAUGACCUGCAACCUCGAGCGCUUCUGUGUGAAACAGGCAGACGGCUCGCUCUGUCUCCGGGAGUCCCUGGUCUUCCCGCAGGAGCUCGCGGACCAGCUGCUGGCUAAGAUGGCCACGGAAGGGCUGCUGAAUGACAGUACGGUGGGGGUAUUUCGGAGCUGUGAGUACCUGCGUUUGAGGCGAGCGUGUAUCCGCACGGCGAGGAUCUCUGCGGAGGCGUUCCAGCGAGCGCUCUGCCCUCACAGGCUGCUGGAGCUUGACGCGGCCAGGGUCAACGCAGACCUCACCAUCGAUGACAUACUGCAGGGCCUCGCCACCAAUAAACACUGCCAGGAGAGCCUGCAGCGUCUGGUCCUGACUGGUCUGACCAUGUCCUCCCAGGAGGAGCCGGGGCACCAUGGCUUCAGCUCCCUGCCCGCCCUGCGCUCGCUGUCCCUGGCCAGCGUGGACUUCUACGACGCGGGGCUGGUGGACGCCUGCUCCCUGGCCCGGCUGGAGAGCCUGGACCUGUCCAACACCUCCGUCACUAACCUGACGCCCCUGCUGAGGCUGAAGGGUCGGCUGCGCUCGCUCACCCUGCACCAGAUGAAGAGACUGGAGAUGAGCACCGCUCAGCUGCUGGCUGUCAUAGGGCAGCUGGACGCCCUGCAGCACCUGGACAUUAGUGAUGAUAAGCAGUUCACGUCUGACGUGGCCCGGCAGCUGCUGUGCCAGCCUGGCGUCCUGCCCAACCUGCUGUCCCUGGACGUGUCUGGCAGGAAGCAGGUGACUGAUGCGGCGGUGAAGGCGUUUGUGGAGGACAGACCAGGGAUGACCUUUGUGGGGCUUCUGGCCACAGACGCAGGCUUCUCCCCCUUCCUGUCUGGAGAGGGCAGCCUGCAGGUGACCGGAGAGGCUAAUGAAUCUCAGAUCUGUGAGGCGUUGCGGCGCUACAGUGAGAGGGAAGGCUUCGUGAGAGAGGCCCUCUUCCACCUGUUCAGCCUCACACACAUCAUGGAGAAACCACGGCCAGACAUCCUCAAGCAAACAUUCCUUCUCUCCCCCUCCUCUCUCCUGUCCUCUCAGCUGGUGGUUCUGGGCAUGACCAAGCACCCUGCCACCCUGAACGUCCAGCUGGCAGCCAGUGCCUGUGUGUUCAACCUGACCAAGCAGGACCUGGCAGCAGGUAUGCCUGUCAAACUGCUGGGCACCGUCACACAGCUACUGCUGGCUGCCAUGACGACCUUCCCCAACCACCAGCAGCUGCAGAAGAACUGCCUGCUGUCUCUGUGCAGCGACAGAGUCCUACAGGAGGUGCCUUUCAACAGGUUCGAGGCAGCUAAGCUGGUAAUGCAGUGGCUGUGUAACCAUGAAGACCAGAACAUGCAGAGGAUGGCUGUAGCCAUCAUCUCCAUCCUGGCAGCCAAGUUGUCUACAGAGCAGACGGCCCACUUAGGAGCAGAGCUUUUCAUAGUGAAGCAGCUGCUCCACAUCGUGCGUCAGAAGGCAUCCCAGGGCGUGGUGGAUGCCACCCUCAAGUUCACACUGAGCGCGCUCUGGAACCUCACAGACGAAUCACCAACCACCUGCCGCCAUUUUAUAGAAAACCAGGGUCUGGAUCUGUUCAUCAGCGUUCUAGAGGUACGGAGACACACACACACACACUUGACUCAUCUUUCUUUUUUUAAACCUCUCCCUCCCUCCCUCUCUCUUCCCCCCCCACAGUCCUUCCCUACAGAGUCUUCCAUCCAGCAGAAGGUUCUGGGGCUACUGAACAACAUAGCGGAGGUAGGAGAGCUGCACAUGGAGCUGAUGGUGCAGGGCUUCCUGGAUCACCUGCGCUCCCUGCUGCACAGCCCGGAGGUGGAGGUGAGCUACUUUGCCGCAGGGAUCCUGGCCCACCUCACCUCCCGAGGGGAGCAGGCCUGGGGCCUGGGCCUGGAACUGAGAGACACCAUGCUGGAGCAAUUGCACUCUGCCAUCCUGAAGUGGCCGACUCCAGAAUGUGAGAUGGUGGCCUACAGGUCUUUCGGUCCGUUCUUCCCCCUGCUGGAGUGUUUCCACACUCCUGGAGUCCAGCUGUGGGCGGCCUGGGCCAUGCUGCACGUCUGCAGCAAGAAUGCGGCACGGUACUGCAGCAUGCUGCUGGAGGAGGGGGGUCUGGAGGGGCUGCGGCGGGUGCACACACACCCCGACACACACCCUGACGUCAGGAGCCUGGUGGACAGCAUCCUGCUCAACCUGCACACACACGCAGCACGCACCGGCCAGCACACACACACAGAGAGCCAAGCCCCCUAAACUCAUCCAGACCUCGUUUAAAACUCAUCCAAACAUCCUCAAGACUUCAUCCAAACAUCCUCCAGACUUCAUCCAAACAUCCUCAAGACUUCAUCCAAACAUCGGCACACUCACCCCAGAGUUUGAAGCUGUGCGAGUGUCUUCAUAUGUAUAAUAUGUAUAUAUAUAUAUAUAUAUAUGUGUGUGUGUGUGUGUGCUGUUAAAUUAGGGCUCAGGGUGAGAGAGAGUGUUGAGGUCAGCUGUUCACCAGGCUGGAGAGACAGCUGGCCCUCACAGCAGCAGAUAAGCUAGUGACCGUGCAUGCUGGUGUUAGUGUGUGACGCAUGCUGGUGUUUCUGUGAAUGUUCCUCCGCUCCUGGGAACGCUUGUUCUCAUAUCAGAGUUCCUACCCGACGUGGUCAGCCGUGUCUACAGAGGACUGCAGUGGCAAUAGACAGCCAACGAUAGCUGUGUAGACCUGUGUUAGAGAGAGACAGACGUGUGUGUGUGUGUGUGUGUUGGGGAUGAAAGCUUGUAACUUUCUACACUACCUUCAACAGCACAAUGAGUGACUGUGUUGUACAUGCUGUUGUGUUUCCACAACUGCGUGUGUGUGUGCGUAUAUAUAUUUAUCUCGAUAGCAUGGUAAAUAAGAAACUUUUGCUGUGACGUUGUUAAGUGUCGCACGAAAACUGUUCUUUUAGUCCAAACAAACACAGUCUAAAGGAAUCGGUGCACUUGAUUCGAGUCACCUACAGUUCAGCCCAUGGAUGGAUCAGCCCCAUACGAGCCAGCUGCAACACUGAUCAAAUGCUCCUCAACUGAGAGCUGUCACCACCAUGACCCCUUCCUGUUGACUGACUCUGGGCGGAAAAGGAAGCCAUGAUGCUGCUGGGGUCAGGGGUCAGGGGUGAUGUAAUAAAGAACAGACUUAUUGA